AUGGAGAGGACAACGUCGAGCCCGGUUCAGAAUUUGCCGGAGACGAUUCAUUCAUUGCUCGGUUUAAAAUCUCAUAUGACUUCAUAUUGGGUUAAAUCUGUUUGCAACAUCUCCAAGAACGUCUCUUCUUUUUCUGAGAUAUCUUCAACGUCAAAGGAAGAAGACAACUCUGCUUUCAUCGAAGAACAGAGCAUUAGAGAUCAACUCUCUGCACUAACAGUUCAAGUAAAUGAUCAGAACAAACGAAGAAGACAGAUUCUUAACGAGUUUUUGGACCUUAAAGGUAACAUUCGUGUGUUUUGUCGAGUCAAACCCUUAGACUCCAAAAAGUCAAGAGCCCCUGUUUCUUCGGACGCAAGAAACAUUAUCAUAAAGUUAACAGAAAGCAAGAGGAAAACCUACAACUUCGACAGAGUUUUCCAACCUGAUUCAUCGCAAGAUGAUGUUUUCUUAGAGAUUGAACCGGUAAUCAAAUCGGUUAUCGAUGGCUACAACGCUUGCAUUUUUGCCUAUGGACAAACUGGUACUGGAAAAACAUUUACAAUGGAGGGUCUUCCAGAAUCACCAGGUAUCGUUCCUCGAGCAAUCAAGGGAUUGUUCAAACAAGUGGAGCAAAGCAAUCACAAGUUUGUAAUCAAGUUUAGCAUGCUUGAGAUUUACAUGGGGAAUCUCAGAGACUUGCUUGUUUCUCAAGGAACUAAACCCAUUGGUCCAAUACCUCCAAGUCUGCUGAUACACACAGACCCAAAGGGAGAUAUAGACAUCGAGAACUUGGUGACUCUUAAAGUGAAUGACUUUGAUGAAGUCUUCAAGUUAUACAAAAUAGGUUGCAGAAGCAGAGCAACUGCCUUCACUAACUCUAACUCUGCAUCCAGCAGAUCACACUGUAUGAUCCGUGUAUCGAUUACUUGUGCUGGAGCUGCUGAGAGACGGCGUGGAAGAAACAAGAUUUGGCUAGUGGAUCUUGGAGGAAGUGAGCGCGUGUUGAAAACUAAAGCCACUGGUCGUCGCUUUGAUGAAGGCAAAGCCAUUAAUCUCUCUUUAUCUGCUCUUGGAGAUGUCAUCAACUCUCUUCAACGCAAGAAUGCUCACAUUCCUUACAGGAACAGCAAACUCACACAAGUUCUGAAAGACUCUCUUGGGCAAGACUCUAAGACAUUGAUGCUUGUCCAUAUCAGCCGGAAAGAAGAUGAUCUGUGUGAAACCAUAUGCUCUCUGAACUUCGCAACGAGGGCAAAAAACAUCCAUUUAGGUCAAGACGAAUCAAAGGAGGAACAAGAGAAAAAGGAGAUUGUGAUGAUGAAUCUGCAGAAGAUGAUGGAAACGAUCGAGAAAGAUCGUGAGACAACGAUAAAAGACAUCAGACAUCUAAACGAGACAUUAGAGAAACUCUCUGGUAAGCCUCAUGUUACUGAAGAAGCAGAAGAAGUGGAUGAGAUCAUCAGAGAAGAGAUUCAGGUUACUCCAAAGUUAAAGAGAAACAAAUCAAGACGUGCUUCAGAUGUUUAUUCUAGCUUCAUGAGACCAACAGCUAGCAGCAACCGAAGGUUAUCAUCAGGGGCAGAUUUUAGCGCAAUCUCCAAUGGUCCAGGUUUGAAGUCUAGAAGGAACUCGAUGACACAUGUCAGAUCUGAAUCUGUGUGUCUUCCAAUGAUGAAGAACGGAUAUGAUUCUUUGUGUGACUCAUCAGAGAGGAGCGUUUCGAAGUCAAAUUGCGCUAUGCGCAAGAAUAGAGAAGACGAUGCAGCAACGGUUUAUAGUCAGGACAUAUCUGAAUGUGACAUUAAGUUGGUCGUGUCUGAGCACAAAAAACAAGUACAACAGACGGGGCCUGGAUCUGAGAUUGGUGUCUUUGAGAAAACCGUUAGCCAGAAAGAGGGAGAAACAGAGUUUUCAAGGAUUAACAGUUGGCUACAUUCACAAUCCGAAAACGGAAGUUACUUGCUUGACAAGAAACAGAGACUAAACAGAAACAUAUCGUUGGAAAGGUCAUCUAAUGGCAAUGAAACAUUGGAGGACAUAGAAGAGUCCAAAACAGAGGAGACAGUGAUUAAACAUCCACUGUUGCUUAAUGAUCUGUUUGAGCUGGAGUGUCUCUGUUCAGCCGAAACAGAGGACCAGGUUCUGUGCAAAUACCCAAACCCUAACGAAGAAGACAAUACGUCUCUUCAUCUUCCAAGUUUCCGAUACGAUGGACUUUGUGAACACAUAGACGAUGCAUGGUUUGGAGUGGAUGGAAGCGCGGCUCGGAAGCAAGAUUCACCUGUCUCGGGCUUGCUACUAGAACUCAACAAGACCUUACCAUAUUGUCAGAGAGAAUUAGCGUUCGAGGAGGAUGUAGCUCCACCAUUUCUUAGGCCACAAGGAAUCUUGGUCGAGAGAGGAAGAUGCGCUCAUGCGCUUAUGCAGAAACUUGAGGGAUUAUGCUUCCGUACACUUGUGGGAUUAGGGCUUAUUGAUGUGAGCUAUGGUAGUGACUUCUUCAACGGGUUAAUGCAGUAA